AUGAGGGGCGUUUCAAAAUCCAUUUUACUCAUCGCUUCUGCUGCAUCGUUCGUUCAAUCUAUCUCUAUUCCCUCACCUUAUCAACCAAAACUACUCCCUCGGCAAAGCAACGAGACUUCAGUCUGCUCUGGCAACACGGCGGAUGACCGCAGCGUCUGGUGCGACUAUGAUCUCAGCACGAACUACUACGAGGACGUCCCCAACACGGGUGUGACCAAAGAGUAUUGGUUCGAGAUCACGAAUUCGACCUUGGCUCCUGAUGGAGUUGAUCGGGUCGUUUUAUCCGUCAAUGGCAGUGUGCCUGGCCCGACGAUCGAAGCGAAUUGGGGAGAUACUGUUAUCGUUCAUGUUACCAACAGCUUGCAGAACAACGGCACUGGGAUUCACUUUCACGGCAUUCGUCAAAAUUGGACGAACCCCAACGAUGGCGUGCCGAGUAUCACUCAGUGUCCAACUGCGCCGGGAGACUCAAUCACUUAUACUUGGAAAGCGACGCAGUAUGGCUCAAGCUGGUACCACUCGCACUACUCACUCCAAGCCUGGGAAGGCGUCUUUGGCGGCAUCGUAAUCUAUGGCCCUGCGAGCGGCAAUUACGAUGAGGACCUUGGUGUUCUGUUCCUGAACGACUGGGACCAUCAGACUUCGUCUGCGCUGUACACCUAUGCUGAGACUCAAGGCCCACCGACCCUCGACACGGGACUUAUCAACGGCACAAACAUGUGGCUCAAUGAGUCAGGCUCUUACUGGGAGACGUCCUUGACAUCUGGGUCCUCCUAUUUGCUUCGCAUCGUCAAUGGUGCCAUCGACACCCAUUUCGACUUCAUGAUCGACAACCACACCCUGACUGUCAUCUCUGCUGACUUCGUCCCCAUCGAACCCUACACAACCGAAACCCUGUCAAUAGGCAUGGGCCAACGCUACGACGUGAUUGUGACCGCCGACCAAUCCUCCGUCGCCAGCGACUUCUGGCUGCGCGCGAUCCCUGACACGUUCUGCAGUGAGAAUUCAUACCCGAAUUGGAUUCGAGGAAUCGUCCACUAUGGUGACAGUACAGCUACACCUACAACAACAGUCUGGGCGUAUGACGAGAAGGAGUGUUUUGGUGAGCCGGCGGAGUCUUUGGUGCCUUCGCUGCAGCUGGAUGCUGGGUCCUCUUCUGCUCUCGACGAGAAUUUGGACGUUACCGUCGCGUACAAUAGUGAUAAUCUUUUCAAAUGGUACAUCGGCGGCACCACCAUGGCGGUCGAGUGGGCGGACCCCUCGGCCCUGCAAAUCAUCAACAACGAAACCGACUGGACCAACAGUAGUGGCGUGAUCGAGUUCGAAGGCGAUGCGGAUACUUGGGCGUACAUUAUCAUUCAAACUUCCAACGCCAUUCCGCAUCCUAUCCAUCUGCACGGACACGAUUUCUAUCAACUAGCUCAAGGGACCGGAACGUAUGAAAGCGCGAACCCGACGCUGCAGACGACGAAUCCGAUCCGAAGGGAUGUGACCAUGUUGCCGGCGAGCGGAUACGUGGUGAUUGCCUUUGCCGCGGACAACCCUGGAGCAUGGCUCUGCCAUUGCCACAUCGGCUGGCACACCGAAGAAGGCUUCGCGCUGCAGUUCAUCGAGCGGUACGAUGAGAUCGCUUCGAUGUAUAAUACCACCACUCUGGAGACGGGGUGUAGCAAUUGGGAGGCGUAUACAGAUGAGACGGAUUUGGUGGAUGAGGCGAGUGGUGUGUGA